CCAGUUAAAAGAAAAUCAAAAAGGGAUAAACUAAACGCCAUUCUUGAAGCUCCUAACAGACUCAAAAUGAAGGAAAUAGUAGGAACCAAAGGCUCUGCUGAAGCUCGGAAAAGGCAUAUCGAAAAAACCGAUGUUCAGAGCUCUUUGAACCAGGAGAUUAUGAAGCUUCAAAGGCAAUUACAAGACCAAUUUCUGGUACGUCAUGCACUGGAAAAAGCGCUUAGUUAUCAGCCAUUGUCACAUGAAGUAGCAAUUGAUGAUUCCGUACCAAAGCCCACUAAGGAGCUAAUAAAGGAAAUCACAGUGUUGGAACUGGAAAUCCUGUAUUUGGAACGGUAUCUUCUCUCCUUGUAUCGGAAAACAUUUGAUCAACAAAUGUCAUCAGCGUCAACAGCAGAUGGAAGACUAGAUUCAGCUUUAGUUACAGAGAAAGGGACAUCCUCGGAAGUUUCUGGACAAGCUGAUAUUAUGCCACACAGAGAGAAUUCAGUUUUGCACCACUCUCGUAAUCUUAUGCCGCCGCGAAAUUCACUUGGCAGCCUGCAGGAAUGUGAUGACAUGUGGGAACCGGAGAAACUUCUAGAUUCGAGCAUUCAUCGCAGUCACUCGUCUCUAUCUCAGCGUUCAUUUUGUUCCUUUAGAACUUCACCAAGGAAGUUUCUAAAUAACGCUGUGAAUUCAUACCACUCCUUACCUUUGUCAAUGCUAGAGCAAGCUGAAAGUUCAACACCAAAUGCAAGUCUAGCAGAGCAUUUAGGUGCUAGUUUGUAUGACCACGUUCCAGAGACACCGAACUGCCUAUCCGAGGAGAUGAUAAGGUGUAUUUCAGCCAUAUACUGCGAACUUUCAGACCCGCCUUUGAUCAAUCAAGAUUCCCCUUCCUCUCCUGUUGCAUUCUCAUCAUCAAUUUAUGAGGCUUCAAUACACAGCCACAGUGAGAAGUGGAGCUCAAUAAGCAGGAAAAUACCAUUUUUCAAUUCACACCUUGACAACCCUUUUCACUUGGAUGAGUCAGAAGGACUUACUAGACCUUACUUUAGAAUGCUGAAGGUUCAAUGGAUAUGUAGGGACUCUGAGAAAUUAAGAGAGAUUGAUAACAUGCUACAAAAAUUUAGGUCGCUUGUCUAUCAGUUGGAAGAAGUGGAUCUCAGAAAGAUGAAGCAUGAGGAGAAGUUGGCGUUUUGGAUUAAUGUUCACAAUGCGCUAGUAAUGCAUGCCUUUUUGGUUUAUGGGAUUCCACAAAACAAUCUCAAAAGAGUUUCUUUAGUACUCAAGGCUGCCUACAAUGUGGGAGGUCACACCAUAAGCGUGGAUAUGAUACAGAACUCGAUUCUAGGAUGCCGACUGCCUCGUCCAGGACAAUGGUUGAGGCUGCUCUUUUCUUCAAAAACAAAAUUCAAGGUUGGAGAUGCAAGAAAAGCUUUUGGCAUUGAUCAUCCUGAACCCCUUUUACAUUUUGCGCUCUGCUCAGGAAGCCAAUAUGAUCCUGCGGUUCGUGUAUAUACACCGAAAAGAGUGUUCGAGGAGCUGGAGACGGCGAAGGAAGAAUACGUUCAGUCGAACUUCAUUGUGCAUAAAGAACAGAAAAUCCUUCUCCCCAAGAUUGUGGAGUCUUUUGCAAAGGAUUCAGGCCUGUCCCUGAUCGAUUUGGUAGAGAUGGUCGACCAUUUUAUGCCCGAUUCGCAAAGGAAGAAUAUAAGUAUCCACCAUUGUCAACACAAGAAAAUCUGUAAGGCCAUUGAGUGGAUUCCUCACAACUUCACCUUCCACUAUUUGCUCUCAAAAGAAGUAGCUUGGUGAUGAUCUCUUUGCAUUCUUCAAACGACCAAGAUGAUCCCUCUACGACAACUUUUGCUGUUCACUUAUCUAAGACUAAAACCAUUACACAGCAAACUGGCUCAAGAAUGUUGACUUUGACUUCUAA